AUUUUUUAUAAUAAUAGUUUUUCUGGAGUUCCAAAUGGCAAAGAUAAUCUCAAUUCCAACUUCUAUGAAGUUUAUGCCGAUUACCUUACUGAAUUUGUUUGUUGGUAUAAUGAACAAGAAUUAUUUUCAAAACCCUAG